CCUGUUGACCCAUCGUUCAGUGUUUCAUCCUGGACGAAAGGGAUCUGCCUCUGGGAAAAGGGCUGCGCUGUCCUGCAGGAGUUGGAGAGGGGGGUGUCACUGUGCUGCUCCCCGUCUGUCGCUCUGUGAUCAGUGCCAGCAGCCCGAGGAACCGAGCCCAGCCGGACCGAGCGAGGAGGCAGAGGACUUCAGAGCCACAGACUCUGGGAUCCUGGCCAUGAGGUUUGAUGCCUCGAUCCACUGACCGGAAACACUGGACCUAAAUGGCGCAGCAUGACUUUGUCCCUGCCUGGCUUAACUUCUCCACGCCCCAGCCUGCCAAGUCCCCUGCUGCCAACCUUGACAAACAAGGGGAUCCCCACCACCACAGAGACGGCAGACCCGCUGUGAGCCGCCGCCGCCACAACUCCUCCGAUGGCUUCUUCAACAACGGCGCCCUGCGCGCUCCAGCAGGCGACGGAUGGCAGCAGCCCUCUCUGCUUCUGAGGCAUGACUCGGUGGACUCGGGGGUGGCCAAAGGAGGGCACGGGGGGCUGGCGGGGGGCUCCUGUUGGAAGGAAACGCCCAGCUGGCAUGGAGCGCCACGGGGGGCCCAGGACGGCCACCACCACCACGGCCACCACGGCCACCACCACCAGGGACGCCACCCCAAACGGGUAGGGGUCGAGAGGGACAGGCAGGUGGGGCACCGGCAGCGCAACGGCAACUUUCAUCCCCGCAAGGGCCCCUCGUACCAGGACAAGUUCCCCAACGAGGAACGCAAGGACGGCAAGGACGACAAGCUGAAGUUUGUGGAAGAGGACUUUCCUUCCCUCAACCCUGAAGCAACUGGAAAGCCUGCAACUCCGAUGCGAGCAGUGGCUCCCCAUGCUGGAGUUUGGGAAAACCCCCCUAGUGGCAAACAGAUGGUGUCCAAAAUGCUGGUUAUCAAGAAGCUUUCCAAGGAGGACUCCGGCACGGCCUUCUCUGCCGGGUUCGCCACUGCCGGCCCCUUGCCCACCAAUGGCAGCAAAGUUCCCAUUUCCGGCUCCAGCAUCUACAAGAACCUGGUCCCAAAGCCUGCUGUGGCCCCCACCAAGAGCACCCAGUGGAAAUCCGGUGGGAGAGAGAUCACAAAGUCUGGCCUUCACAUGCCGGGCCGAGAUUCCGUGUUCACCAGCCCCGUCUCUGCAGCCAAACCCAGCCCCCCAGUCAGUGCACCACAGCACUUCAACUCGAAAGAGCACCCUUCCAGCACGACUCCUCCCAUAGACAUCGCCCCGUCGAGGCUGAAGCUAAUGCGGCGCGGUCCGGACCGCAAGAGUGAGUUCUUGCGAGCUUUGAAGGACGAGGGCACCGGAGAGCUGGUGACGAGCAGCAGCCCGGGAACAUCGGGAGAAGGUGAAAGCAGCACCCCGGAGCCCAAAGCCUACAGCGAGGAAGUGUGCCACGAGAAUGGUCUGUCCUACUCGCUCAGUGACUCUGACACUGAGCACCUGUCGAGUUCCCUGGAGGCGGAGCACAGGUUGCUGAAGGCCAUGGGCUGGCAGGAGUACCCAGAAAAUGACGACAACUUCCUGCCUCUGACCGAGGACGAGCUGCGAGAGUUCCAGACUAAAACCGAACAGCUGAAGAGGAACGGCAUGCAGAGGAACGGGGCGCUCCUGCCGAGGGCGCGAGGCGUGACCCUCCACUUCACCCCCUGGAGGAGUGUGGCCGAGGCGAACGUCGAGGAGGGCUCAGAGUCCGAAACCAGUAGCAGCAGCCAGACCUCCGACGACGACGACUGCAUCAGAUCCUAACGUGGCUUCACGGAACAAAACCUCCAACAACACAAAUGCCAACAAAACAUCCCAGCAAGCAAAUCCCCCUCUUCCUCUCAUCUUUGUUUUUUAGAGCACCAUUUUGAAUUCUUGUUUUUUUUUUGUCAUUCUUGCACAAGGGAAAAACCAAUCAUAUCCCAGUGAAGGGGGAGAUUCCUGCUCCGCCAGACGUCGUUUUCCCUGCGUUUCCUCCUUCACUGCAGUCUCGGUCGUAUCCGACCCAGUUCCCCCCCCUCACACUCACACCCCCACCCGUUCUUCCUUUUUCUUCCUCGCUUUGUGGAACUGAUGUGUUCAUCAAGAAAAGAAGGGCAAUGAAUGCACACUUGAUUCUUCUUUAAACGGACUAACUCAUUUCAUUGAUGAUGCUGAUGACACAUUAUUAAUGAUAUUAAUAAAAAUUGGUUCCUGACAAGCUGAUAUGUUUCAAUAUGAAUCUGGCUACUGUGGUGUUUGAAUCCACACCGCCUCGUGUGGUGAGAUCAUGGAUGUUCACUAAAAUGCUUCGUGAAGACGCGGGCACGUCGUCCACUGCCAAGAACAAAGGCUCUAGUUUCCCCUGAAACGGUGCCUAUAUUUGACUUGCUUCAUGAGGAAUGGAGCUCAGUGUGCGAGCAGACCAACGAUGUUUAGGGGGGUAAUGCAGGAACAAAUUCUCAAGAGCCUGACGUAGAACUUUUCCUGAGUUUGGACUUAAGUUACUGCAGAAAUCCGGUUAUCCAAGAAAAUCUACUUGCAGAACUGAUGGAUCCAUAUGACAGUUCACCGCUUAAUGUGAUGCUAAAUCUACGUUUUAUAAAGAUUCCACGGCUUUUGACUGGUCACCUGGUAGGUGUAAAUACGGAACACUUCAACUUAUGGCAAUGAAGAGUUCCAGGUGUUUUAUAUUUUUACCCCUUGAUUCAAACUCCUUCCAGGCAAUUACAAUAUAAACGCAUGCUUCGAUGACAAUAUGUAAUGUUUAAAUAAAUCUUUGAUCACUG